AUGAGACUCCGAAUCUAAUACGAUUCAUUUUGUGGAAAGAAAAAAAAGACAACAUCAGUGAAUAUCUAUCUGCUCAUUGUUCAUCAGCUGGGCCAAAUGAAGUCCGAGUCCCUCUCUUACAUUAGGGUCUCUUCAUCAUUGCUCGAACUAUAAAACGUGGAAUAUAUGAAGGUUUGUCCUCUCCUGCUGCGGAUUCCACCCAAGAACUGGCGAGAAGUUUGGGGAUCUUCACGCCUUCCUUUUGCAAUCCAAGAAAAGAUCGAUGGACAGGUAUGGGAAUUACUAUUACCAGAGAAGUGGGCUAUGGAGAACCCUGAGAGAUGGUGACUUCGAGGAAUCCGAGGUUUGGGAUGUCUUAAGGGAAGGGAAGGACCAAAGAGCGCAUGAUGAUCAGACUUCUCUUCCCAAUGAACAUACCAAUCACUAUGCUUCAUCACAUCUACCCUCCGCCGCGAAGAUGGUGCCGCAGUCGAGUAUCAGUGGCAGCGGUGGCAGCAGCAGCAGCAGUUCGGCUCCUCGGUCGAUAUUCACCCAUCAGUCGGCACCAGUCAACAUACCGAAUUGGUCAAAGGUGCAUAAGCACCUCGGGAGGUCAGAGUCAAGCAAGGCCCCCAAGAGCAGGCCCUGGCGCAACACCGAUGAUGAUGAUGAGGAGGAGGGCGAGGAGGAGGACGAUGAUGACCGGGAAGAAGACGACUACGACGAUGAGGAUGAUGGGUAUGGUCAGAAGUUGCCUCCACAUGAGUACGUGGCAAUGAAGCUUGCGAGAAGCAAGAUGUCAUCAUUCUCGGUUCUUGAAGGGGUCGGGAGGAAGCUCAAAGGGAGGGAUCUUAGCAAAGUGAGGAAUGAUGUUCUCACCAAAACUGGUUUCCUUGAAUCCCCUUGAUCAAUCAAUGAAGUUAAUUAAUCAAUUUUUAGGCUCAAUUAUGCAAUGGGUUUAGAAUAAUUGUACAUUAAUGUGUAUAAAUUUUCCUUUCUUUUGGUGAAAUUAGAUUUAUGUAUAGUAGAUGUGGGCUUGGUUUUGGAUUUAGAAUCUAGACUAGAUAUAUAUAGAGAGUUCAAAGAUUCAUGCUAAGUGAUAUAGUUUCCCCCCUUAAGAAAAGAAUAUAUGUUUUCUUCUCUA